AACAUUUGACGUUGCAGAACAACCGACGUGUUCGUUGAUAGAAUCCGGUUUAUCAGUAGAAACUGUAGAAAAUGGUUGUGCACAGGAAAAAUGAGAGUAAAAUGCCUCAUUAGUUGAAAAACUCGGCAAAUUAUGAGGUGUUAUGGUAGUUAAUCAUUCAAAAGACUGGACAACUUAACUGUUGACGUUAUAAUUUCCAUAACAUAUAAACAAGAAUCUGGUACAUACUAAAUCCCAAAGUGGAAAACCUGUGAUAUUCUCUCUUUAUUGAAGUAAUGUAUUGAAAUUUAUUUCCAAAAUGUUUCUUGGAAAGUUGAGAUAUCAUACCUAUAAAAUAGUGUUGUUAACAUCGAUAUUCUGGCUGCUACUCAUGGUUGUUGUGGUAUCCUUUUAUUCUAAUGAAUGCCUAGGGGGCUCUUGUAAAAAGGCAACAGAAGAAAAAAUAGGAGAACAGAGUGCUUUGAAUGCUGAUAAAAAAGUUGAAUAUGAGGACACAGAUGAUAUUGAUAGCGGAAUUCGAAAAUACAAAGUCAGUCAGUUACAUAGAUGGGUGCCAGCCCCUGUGGUUCCAAGUAUACCAGGUAAACCAGGAGAAAUGGGAAAAGCAGUUCAUAUCCCUUCAUCCCAAGAAGCACUUAUGAAGGAGAAAUUUAAGCUGAAUCAAUUCAACUUAAUGGCUAGUGAUAUUAUAUCUUUGAAUAGGUCUUUAGCUGAUAUUAGAUAUGAAGGAUGCAAAGAAAAGGCGUAUCCAAAAUUACUCCCAACCACUUCUAUAGUUAUAGUUUUUCAUAAUGAAGCAUGGAGUACACUUCUCAGAACUGUUUGGAGUGUCAUAAAUAGAUCUCCUAGAUCUCUUUUAGAAGAAAUCAUCCUUGUGGACGACGCUAGUGAAAGAGAACAUUUGGGACGUAAACUAGAAGAAUAUGUUAAGAAACUUCCAGUGCCUGUUCAUUUACUGCGCACAAAAAAACGUUCUGGACUCAUUCGGGCAAGACUGCUAGGUGCAAAACAUGUCAAAGGUCAAGUUAUCACUUUCCUUGACGCACAUUGCGAAUGUACUGAAGGAUGGUUAGAGCCCCUUUUAGCGCGAAUCGUUGAAAAUAGGAAAACAGUUGUAUGUCCCAUAAUAGAUGUGAUAUCAGAUGAAACAUUUGAAUAUGUAACAGCAUCGGAUAUGACUUGGGGUGGCUUUAAUUGGAAGUUGAACUUUAGGUGGUAUCGAGUGCCCCAAAGAGAAAUGGAAAGAAGAAAUAAUGAUAGGACGUCACCUUUGAGAACGCCCACGAUGGCAGGUGGUUUAUUCUCUAUCGACAAAGAUUACUUCUACGAAUUGGGAUCUUAUGACGAGGGCAUGGACAUUUGGGGUGGAGAAAACCUGGAAAUGAGUUUCAGGGUUUGGCAGUGUGGAGGUAUCUUAGAAAUUGUACCUUGCUCUCAUGUUGGUCAUGUGUUUAGGGACAAGUCCCCCUACACUUUUCCCGGGGGUGUGUCCAAAAUUGUGUUGCACAAUGCGGCAAGAGUAGCCGAAGUAUGGAUGGACGAAUGGCGAGACUUCUAUUACGCUAUGAAUCCAGGUGCUAGGAAUGUUCCAGUUGGUGAUUUAACUGCUAGAAGAGCACUUAGGGAAAAACUGAAAUGUAAAAGUUUCAGAUGGUAUUUGGAGAAUGUGUAUCCUGAAUCUCAGAUGCCUUUAGAAUAUUAUUACCUCGGAGAUAUACGUAACGUAGAGGUAGGAAAUUGCCUUGACACAAUGGGCAGAAAAUCAGGUGAGAACCUCGGUAUGACAUAUUGUCAUAACUUGGGGGGUAAUCAAGUAUUUGCCUACACCAAACGGCAACAAAUCAUGUCGGAUGAUAACUGCCUUGAUGCUAGUCACAGAAACGGACCUGUGAGAUUAGUAAGAUGCCAUGGAAUGGGUGGUAACCAAGCCUGGUUAUAUGAUGAGAAUCUCAAGACAAUCAAGCAUAUGAACACAGGCAGCUGUUUGCAGAGGCCUGCUCCAAAUGAUAUGAACACUCCACUUCUGAGACCUUGCACUAAAGGGCCUGAACAGAAAUGGGUCAUGGAUAGUGAUUUCAAAUGGCAAGCCAGAAACCACGAAGAAAGAUGAGUAAGAAGUAAGUUCUAAUGUGAUUCAAAGAAGAUAGCUCUUCUUCAUAUUUAAAGGGGUUGAGAGGCUGUAAAAAUUAAUAUACAUUUCAUUAAAAAUGCUGCAAUACACUGUUGUUAAUCUGAAGAUUUUUCAAUUUGACAACAUAUUUAGUUCUUUGAUUUUCUGAAAGUUAUGGAAAUAUUGAAACUCACUUAGUAAUACACUUACUAUAUUGCUUCAGUAGAGGUAAUGUUGAUAUGAGGAAAUGGAGUAAAUGAUUCUUCCCUAAUAUAAAAUAGUUUUGUGGUAAUUGGUUAAUGAUGUAGGUAAAACAAAAACAAUAAUUUAGUUUUCUCAACAUACUAUAUAUUCAUUUAUGAAGUUGACAGUACAUUCCAACAAAAUUGUUGGUUCUGUGAUAGGUACUUGGAAUAACUUUGGUUCAAUUUUAUAUACAUAGUUCUAUAUUAGCUUCUUUAGAAGUUUCAAUAUUUGAAAUUGUAUAUAUAUAUUCAAAUGAAAAAUCUUCAAAGAUAUACAUAAUAUGUAGAAUCAUUAUCACCGAACUGUCAAAAAAAUAAAAUACAAAGUGCUUGUACAGAUUUCUUUAAGAAAGUACUCGUAGAGAAUAUGAUUUUAAAAAUCAUUUAUUGAUAGCUUUGACUGAUAAUUUUCUAUAGUACGUAACACCAAACAGGUUAUUUUUUAUAGUUAAUUUUCUUCUUGAAUCUUCGUCUUCAAUAUGAUAUUCAGUAAAAUUAAUUUGAUACACAAAUGAAUGAUUAUACUCGAAAAAUAGAAGAUGCAAUCCUUAAAUUCUUAAUGUAUAUCUAAUCAAGACUUACUAUGAUUUGAUAAUUUUAUGGUUGUGUUUGAAUUAUGAUGUAAUAUUAUCCAAAGUGGCUAUUUUUCCAUAUCAGGUUUGUAUCUAGAAUUUAAAAGAGUGGAAAAAAAAUAAUGAAAAAUUUAUGAUUAUGGAAUGAUUCUUAUCGGCACUUCGAAAGAAAACAUUCAAAUUGUUUUCCUACUUACAAACUAUCUGUUUUGAUAUCAGAGCACGGUAUUUAAAAAUCUGUAACAAAUUGUUGAGAAUUUUUAUCUUUUUCAACGAGUUACAAAUUAAUUAUUCGAAAGUAAAAUCACUUUGAUUUUUUCUGUGGAUAGUUACAUAUCGAUAUUUCAUUGUCAAACUGUAGAUUUGUUUCAUUUCAGCGCGAUAGCUACAACAUUUUAAAAAUUUAUUUAUUGGCAAAAAUAAUUAUAAUCACUUGAACUUGUUGAAAUAUCAAAUUUAUUAUAAAGUGCAUAUAUAUUUAUUGUUUUCACUAUUUUUUUAUGUAAAUAGGCAUUAUGAAUGAAUAAAAAGUUUUCAUAAAGAUACAUAGAAUGAAUUUAUAUGCUUUAUGUCGCUGGUAACCCAUUAAUUUUUCUGAACGUUUAAAAAAUCAUUUCUACACUAUUCUUGUAGGCAAUGUUCCUAUUAUUGUGUCAAAACCAGUUUGGCCUAAAAAUAAUAUUUUAGUAGCAUAAUAGAAAAAAUUUAUGCUUAGGUGAAGAUGGUAAUACUUUUAUUCUUCAGCAAUAUAUUAUUCACUAUUUGUUUGAAAUUUUUGUUUUCUGGACAUGCAGCUGUGGUUACAAUAAUAAUGAUAUAUGAAAGGGAUUACAAAACAGAAAUAAGAACUCCAAAGAGAUAUAAAAAAAACUUGAAAAUAAUGCUUUAAAAUAAUAUGUAUUUCUGAAAAUGGGGAAUUCUCCUUGAGACGAAAAUGAAGUAUUUUUAUGAAAUAUCUUCAAUACUUCCAAAUGCAAACACAAUCAAAACCUUCUUCCUGAGAAACGGCACGUACUUAAAUAAAAUCAAUAAGGGGAUU